GUGUGUGUGUGUGUUACAGGCAGUUAAUAAGAGAGAAAAACUUGUGUAUGUGACUGAACCUCAGCAGCUUCGUCGAAACUGAACACUGACAGGAGGUCAUCCUUGAAUCUGAUCUCGUUAACUGUCAGCCAGCUGCACUAAUGAAUCUGGGUUUGUGUCGCAGCUUGAAGGUUGUACCGUUGUUACAUUGAUGAGUCUUUGUGGUGCAUGGAGGAGGUUAUUGAGCGUAAAAGGUCAAUCAAAAUGUUGGGGUUUUAUCAGGUAAGGUGAGAGGAGGAGUGGCUCCGUGGCCCGAGAGGUCAGGUGAAUUAUUCAGAGGUCGAUUGUUCGGGUCUUUUGGUGCGGCGCUCGGGGCUCGGCGCUGUAUUGUGCCCAUGUGUCAUAACUGCAUCUCACUUUUCCCAUUCCUGCUUUGUUAAUGCUCAACAUCAUCAUCAGCGGAGAAAGAGCUCUUAAUGGGCGACAGCUCUAUUCCUGUAUCAGAGUCACAAACCCAAUAUCUCUUAGUGUCUUUAAUUCACUGUAGAAGAUUGUAAUAUUGAUUGCUGAUACCGACCUGUACGCACGCCAACGUGUGAAUAAGGUGAGGCAAUUCAAUCACUGGGCAGAAGAUAAAUAAAACACAAAUCUGUAUUUAUUUUGUAGAUUCUUUUCCUCAUACUAUCUUCAAAAUGUAGUUUUGAGUUGACCUUCUGUUUUACGUGUGCAACUACAGUGAUUGUGUGUUGGGCUCGGAGCGCAGCCAAAACACAGGUGACCUACACUCAAUACUGUUCCUGAACGCAUCCAGAGAGUUGCAUCCAGGGUCGAGUACUGAAGCUGCUGCUCUGUGUCAAUGCUGCUGGGGCUGCGUCUGCUGUGUAAAACACGGUGUCGGCCAUCGGGCUUCUUUGGAUUUGUCAUAAACUCGGCAGCAGUUAGCAUACACUCUGCAAGAAGUGUUUCCCACAACAGCUCCAACUGUAAAGACCUCCACCACAGAGCUCAGGACGGCUAUGAUGGACAGAUAGCAGGAGGAAGAGGAACAGAAGAUGUCGUUCUUUGGCGUGGACUGUGUGAGGAAGAAAGAGAGAGAGCUGGAGAGGAAACUCCACGCCAACGACCGCGAGUACAACCUCCCCUUUAGAUAUGCAACGAACGCCAUCAAGACCUCCAAGUACAACCCUUUCACCUUCCUACCUCUUAACCUUUUUGAGCAAUUCCAGAGGAUCGCUAACGCCUACUUCCUGUUUCUGCUGGCCCUCCAGGUGAUUCCUCAGAUCUCCUCUCUGUCCUGGUUCACCACAGUCGUACCUCUGGUCCUCGUGCUGACGGUCACUGCUGCCAAGGAUGCCACUGACGAUAUCAAUCGCCACAGAAGCGACAAACAAGUCAACAACAGAAAAGUUCAAGUCCUUAUUGACAGAAAACUGCACAGUGAGAAAUGGAUGGACGUCCAGGUGGGAGACAUCAUCAAGCUGGAAAACAACCAGUUUGUCACCGCCGACCUCCUGUUGCUCUCCAGCAGUGAACCUCUCAACCUGGUUUACAUCGAGACGGCAGAACUGGAUGGAGAGACUAACCUGAAGGUGAGACAGGCCCUGACCGUGACAGGAGACCUGGGAGAGGAUAUCGAAAAACUGGCGGACUUCAACGGCGAUGUACGCUGCGAACCCCCCAACAACCGCCUGGACCGCUUCACAGGAACACUAACGUACGCCGGCCACAAAUACCCGGUGGACAACGAGAAGAUCCUGCUGCGAGGCUGCACCCUGAGGAACACCGAGUGGUGCUUUGGACUGGUGCUGUUUGGAGGUCCAGAGACGAAGCUGAUGCAGAACUGUGGGAAGAGCACUUUCAAGAGGACCAGCAUAGACCGCCUGAUGAAUGUCCUCGUCCUUUGUAUUUUUGGCUUCCUGGCCUUCAUGUGCACCGUCCUGGCGAUAGGAAACUGCUUCUGGGAGCUGAACGAGGGCUCACAGUUCACGGUGUUCCUGCCCAGACAAGAUGAAAACAACGCCGGCUUGUCCGCCUUCCUCACGUUCUGGUCCUACGUCAUCAUCCUCAACACCGUGGUGCCCAUCUCUCUCUACGUCAGUGUGGAGAUCAUUCGUCUGGGGAACAGCUUCUACAUCGACUGGGACAGGAAGAUGUACUACUCGCGGAACGACAUGCCCGCCGAGGCUCGCACCACCACGCUGAACGAGGAGCUCGGACAGAUCAAGUACGUCUUCAGUGACAAAACAGGGACGCUCACCCAGAAUAUCAUGACCUUCAACAAGUGCUCCAUCAACGGAAAAGCCUACGGGGACGUGUUUGACUCCACAGGUCAAAGACUAGAAAUCACUGAGCACACGGAGACGGUGGACUUCUCCUUCAACCAGCUGGCUGACCCCCGCUUCAUGUUCCACGACCACUCGCUGGUGGAGGCGGUGAAGCUGGAGAACCCGGAGGUCCACGCCUUCUUCAGACUGCUGGCCCUCUGCCACACCGUCAUGGCCGAGGAGAAGAGAGAAGGGGAGCUCUUCUACCUGGCCCAGUCUCCUGAUGAGGGCGCUCUGGUGACGGCGGCAAGAAACUUUGGAUUUGUCUUCCGCUCACGAACACCAGACAGCGUUUCCAUCGUGGAAAUGGGAAAGCAGCGCAGCUACGAACUCCUGGCCAUCCUGGAUUUCAACAAUGUCCGCAAGAGGAUGUCCGUCAUAGUUAGGAGUCCGGAGGGGAAGCUCUCUCUCUACUGUAAAGGUGCAGACACGAUCAUCUACGAGAGGCUGCAUCAGUCCUGCAGCAAGCUGAUGGGCGUCACUACAGAGCACCUCAACGAGUUUGCAGGGGAGGGCCUGCGGACUCUGGCGCUGGCCUACAAGGAUCUGGAUGAGGCGUAUUUCAACCAGUGGAAACAGCGCCACCAUGAGGUCAGCACAGCGCUGGACGACCGGGAGGGCAAACUGGACGAGCUGUACGAGGAGAUCGAGAAGGAUCUGCUGCUGCUUGGAGCAACAGCCAUAGAAGACAAGUUACAAGACGGAGUACCUCAGACGAUCGAGCAGCUGUCCAAAGCCGACAUCAAAAUCUGGGUUUUGACUGGUGACAAGCAAGAAACUGCAGAAAACAUCGGGUACUCGUGCAACUUACUGCGGGAGGAGAUGAACGAGGUCUUCGUCGUCUCGGGAAACUCACCGGAGGAUGUCAGACAGGAACUGAGAAAUGCACUGACCUCCAUGAAACCAGAGGAGGAUUCUGUGUUACUGCCAGAGAGGACUCUGGGUAAAGGUGUGAAAGUGAUCCCAGACGAGGUGGUAAACGGAGACUACGGCCUGGUCAUCAACGGACACAGCCUGGCGUACGCCCUGGAGUGCAGCAUGGAGCUGGAUUUCCUGAGGACGGCGUGCAUGUGUAAGGCCGUGAUCUGCUGCAGGGUCACUCCUCUGCAGAAGGCUCAGGUGGUCGAGCUGGUCAAGAAGUACAAGCAGGCGGUCACACUGGCGAUAGGAGACGGAGCCAACGACGUCAGCAUGAUCAAAGCGGCUCAUAUAGGAGUUGGCAUCUCAGGUCAGGAGGGCAUGCAGGCCGUGCUGUCCAGCGACUACUCCUUCGCCCAGUUCCGCUUCCUGCAGCGCCUCCUGCUGGUGCACGGCCGCUGGUCCUACCUGCGCAUGUGCAAGUUCCUGCGCUACUUCUUCUACAAGAACUUCACCUUCACCUUCAUCCAUUUCUGGUACGCCUUCUUCUGCGGCUUCUCUGCGCAGACGGUGUAUGAUGAGUGGUUCAUAACACUCUACAACCUGGUGUACACGGCACUACCUGUACUGGGAAUGAGUCUGUUUGAUCAGGAUGUGAACGACGCGUGGAGUUUCCAGCAUCCUAAGCUCUACGUUCCCGGUCAACUCAACUUGUACUUCAGCAAGAAGGCCUUCUUCAAGUGCGCCCUCCACAGCGGCUACAGCUCCUUGGUGCUCUUCUUCAUCCCCUACGCAGCCAUGCACGACACCGUGAGGAACGACGGGAAGGACGUCGCCGACUACCAGUCCUUCGCCCUCCUCACACAGACGUGUCUGCUGUUUGCCGUCACCAUCCAGUUGGGGUUUGAGAUGUCUUACUGGACGGCGGUGAACACUUUCUUCGUGUUGGGCAGUCUGGCCAUGUACUUCGCUGUCACGUUCACCAUGUACAGUAACGGCAUGUUUCUCAUGAUUCCGUCAGCCUUCCCUUUCAUAGGAACAGCCCAAAACUCUCUGAACCAGCCCAACAUCUGGCUGACGAUCCUCCUCACCUCCAUCCUGUGUGUCCUUCCUGUUGUUACCUACCGCUUCCUGUUUAUUCAGCUCUGCCCCACCAUCAACGACAAGGUGAUGUUCAAGGUGCGACAGGCCAAAGCCACCCCUCCCCCUCCGCCUCGACGCAGCCGCAUCCGCCGCACCAGCUCCCGCCGUUCAGGCUACGCCUUCUCGCACGCGCCGGGCUACGGGGACCUGGUGAUGUCGGGCCGGUUUCUGCGGCGUCCCGCCUUGUCGCGCUCUUCAGGUGUCGUGCACGUGGGUCGCACCACCACGAGCUUCAGCCCCAUGGGACGAUCGGCCGGUUACAGCCCGACGGGCCGCCCCCAGAACGCCAAGGUCCAGGAUGUGGAGGUAACGUCGCUGCAGAUGUACAGGACCAUCAGAGAUCCCGCCCUCUGACGGACAGCUGGUUAACUUCAAGGUGGACGAUCUGGGAGAAGGAACAAUGCCAGCUGGACAGUUUAAAAGCUCCCAUCUGUACAUCUGUUACCAUGAAGAACUUGCUCGGGCUUUCCAGACAAAGAUGGUUCGUGAUCCAUCUCGUCUGCUCGGACGCCCAAGACGAGGUUGGAAAAGUUCACGACUUGUGCUUCAAGCAUUUUGUUUUGUAAUAGUUUUAUCAAAGGGAACCACAGCUAAAUGUGUCGCCACUCCUGAGGGAUCUCUUCCUUUAGAUCAUGAGUGUUCAUGUGAAACAUGCCUCAUACAGAUGACAUCUUUCUGAAACGGUUCAGAGAGGUGAUUCACUUUCAGGUAGGAACUACCACAGAAGGGAAACAUUUUGGCUUGACGAGGAGGACAAAGCGUCAUCAUGUUUACAGGCUACCCAGACUUCCUUUUCCCUGGGAGUCCACAUGCACAGCAGGCCUUUGUACAGAGGACACAACCAGCAAAGCCAUUUUCCAAAGGAUAUUUAAAUGUUGUACUUUUAAGUGUUUUUUUAAAAGCAUUUUAUUAUCCUGUCUGGCUGUUAGCUGUUAGCACUUUGUCAGUGUCGCAUGACAGCGGGAGAAUGUUUGAAAGAUCACGAAUGUGCCGUAAACUCGGUGGCCGAGAGGAGAAGAAGUUAUGAAAAAAUGUAUUUGCAGGAUUCGGCAUCAAAGGCCCAUCCAGCUUUUGUUGGGCAUUUUCUCUCCUUACAUGUUUUGUUUCAUCACCGUCUGUUUCCUGAAAAUAUGUCAUUUAACUGAAUUUAGGAGAAAAAAACAUCCUUUCUGUGGAGCGGAUCCUAUUUUUGAUUCACACUUAAAAAGAGCUGCUCCCUCUUAGACGAGUAAUCGGUCGUUUUGGUCUCAGCUGACUCAGAUUUGUUUAGUUGAUUUGUUGUUUUUAAUGCUUUUUGACUUAUUUCCAAGUAAUUGAUGAGCACAUCUCUGGUAAACACAACAUUUUAACUGGUGCUUUUGUGUGAUUCUUUGUGGAGAAAAUCAGUUUUACAGAUUUGUAGAUUAAAUCAAGUAAUUGAAUAGUGUUAGUGUUAGUCGACCUAGCAUGUGUUUGGUCGAGGACAGCCGACGUGCCUCAGUGUGAAGGUCUGAAUCGUACGUGGAUAAAACCAGAUCACGUCUAGAUCCAGUUUGGAGCAUUUGUAGUUAAAAUACACCGAAAUGUGUCUUAAAUUCACCUCGAGUGACCACAUUCAGCAUCCACACGGAUGAAAAGAAGAAUGCACAUUUCCACUUCAUCAAACAGCAAGAGAAAUGGACUACGCCCACCAUACAGACUUGAAAACGUUGUCCGAGCUGUUUGCUGGAGGAAGAAUCGACCACAUCUAUCUACACACACUGCAAUGUACGACGCGGUGAUCCUUUAAUCCAUGCCUGGGUUCACGUGUGUCCACACGUCCUUGAGAAGACACUUCAUCGUCUUCGGUGCAGUUUUCAGUGCAGUGACUAAACUGUCCCCAUGAACUUUCAACAGUGCAGCAUAAGUCAGAAGGAUUUUAUACCCCCAUUUUAAAAUCAGAUUAUCAGAUACUGCAUCACAUCAUGCGUAGUGGUUAUUUCAAAAUCAUGUAUUUUCUUUUGCCACAAGCUCGCUGCUGUUUAUCUGACAAUCAACUCGGUCGUUAGCCGUAUUUCUUCUAACAACAAAGCGGUUUAUCUCGGCUGUUUCUCGCUGGUUUCCAACAUCUUUCUCUCUUAAGCUCGCUGAACCUACGAGCUAACGUGAAACGAAUCACAGAAGAUGCCUUGAUAUUAAAAGAAAAGGAUGUUCCUGUAUAAUGCAUCACAGGAACAGUGGCAACGACGUUUGAUGGAAGAAAGGGAUGUUAAAAAAUAUGUUUUAUGCAAAAAUAUUCAAGGAUUAGCAAUAUCUGUUACGUGAAGCGUAUCUUUUUAAAGUCAGGUGUUAUUUUGAAAUGUCAUGUUUGUUGUUUUACUACAACCUGAAGAUGACAGCUGGUCUUUCAUAUAUAACUUGGCGUGUGAAGGUUUAAAACAUACGACGGAUAGAAUUAGUUUUUAAAUGACACAAUAGUAAUAUUUGAUAGCCGCCCAUAUUUUCCAUGUCUCGUGGUAUCCAUGAAGAUGCACUUACAUGAUGCGAUUCAGUCACUUGUUGCCCAGACUUGAAUGUACUAGCCCACUAGGUAGCCCACUAACCCUGGUGGUGAGCCAAAGAUUUUUAAAUUAUGAGUGAGUGUCAUGAGAGGCAGGAUGUCUGAGAGACAAACCACAGGCUUAAUAUUCUUCCUGCCUGAACUAGAGCUUCAUUCACCUGGAGGUCAGUGUGGAGAAGCUGGUUUGUUCCAGUUGUUAUUUUACUGUAAGGUUUUAUAUAAAAAUAUGUCAAAAGUUUGAAUAAGCAGAAGGAACAUUAACUGCAUGUUUGUAAGACCGUUGCUGCAAUAAUUAAAUAUUACCCAAGUGUUCAUUCUUUUUUUUUACAUCAGGUGUUCUUGUUUGUCUUCAGUGUUUUGAGGAAACCUCUGGUGGCUGUAGUUUCAGGUGUUAACACUUUCAUCGUACUGGGGCCCGUUUCACCAAAAGCAACCUGCGAGCGCUGUUUACACACAUGAUCACAGGAGGCGGCAGCUUCACAAAUUUUGUCCAAAUCGUAGGUUUUUUUUCAAAUGUGGUGAAAUGAGCCUCUGAGUCCCAUUAAUCAGAGCUUUGUCUGAACUAUCGAUGAGAAUGAGUUCAUUCAGAGUGGCCACUACCCGGCCCACUCAGGUCUUUCUCCUGUUUUCCUGUGGUACCUUUCAAAGUAAAUUGUAGCAAUAAUGAGAACGUAAGAUAUUUAUGAAAUAUAUUACUGUCAUUACAUAUCUAUAUCCCUGAAGACUGAAAUGGUUUCUCAAAUAUGACAAAAAGAUAAUCCAUUUUAUAUCGCCGCUCUUUCUGACAAACAUUUUGUAUCGUUUUGUACUCAAAGAUUUUACUGCAUUAAAAAAGAUCUAAAAGAUCAACGAU